AUGUCGUCUUCGUUAUCGUCGUCCUCUUUUGAUUCGUUCGGUUCCGAGGAUUACGAUGAUGCUGUUGAAAGUGCCGUUGUUGGCGCCAUUACUUUGGCCAUGAGGGUCGCGCAAGAGGAGGAAGAGGAAGAAGAAGAGAGGCCGCGUUUUACUAGAAGGGUGGUUCUUGUACGUCGUCGCGCAGAGGCACAAGAAAACUUGAUGCGAGACUACUUCGCGUAUCAACCGACUUACACCACAAGACAAUUUAGACGGCGGUUUAGAAUGCAUAAGGGUUUGUUUUUAAAGAUUGUUGGCGACAUGGAACGGGAGUAUAGGUAUUUUCAACAAAGGAUGAACGCCGCGGGAAAGCUUGGUUUUACCGCACUUCAAAAGUGUACAGCCGCAAUUUGA